AUGCCUUCGAACACGAUGCAACAGUACAAACUCUACAAACAAGGCUCGACAGACGGUUUGUGCUUGGAGACGGUCGAAAAGCCCAGAUUAAGAUCCUCGACCGAAGUCCUCAUCAAAGUCCACGCGAUCAGUCUGAACGCUAGGGAUAAUCAGAUCGUCAAUGGGACUUAUGGCGCACCCGUCCGAGAGGGGGUCGUCGUCGUCUCCGAUGGAGCGGGCGAGAUCGUCGAAGUGGGUUCAGACGUCGAUCUAUUCAAGGUCGGAGAUCGGGUCACCGCGAUGCCCAUGCCGGGACACAAUGCCGGCGAGUAUCCUGAACCUCGGUUGUACACGAAAGCGCUCGGUUCUGGUACCGAUGGUAUGGCAAGCGAAUACUUCAGGGCCAGCCAAGAGGACGUCAUCCACAUGCCUUCGCACAUGACGUAUGAGGAAGCUGCGACUCUUCCCAUCGCUUGUGGGACCGCUUGGUCAGCCCUUUACGGCCGCACCAAGCAGGUCACUAGCGGUGACGUUGUCGUUUGCAUGGGAACGGGGGGCGUGUCGUUCUUUACCGCUGCUCUCGCUCUUGGCGCUGGAGCUCGGGUGAUCAUGACAUCCUCGUCUGACGAAAAGGCGGACAGGAUCCGUCAAUACCUCUCCCAUCUCAUCAAGUUCGAAGACGCAUUCCAGGUCAUCAACAGGAAAAAGCAUUCCAAGGUCGAGACCGAGGUCGAACGCUUGACCGGUGGCAACAAGGCGGAUUUCAUCAUCGAGAUCGGGGGCGUCAAAACUCUACCUUCGUCCAUCAGGUGUAUGAAACCAGGAGGGCUCAUCGCGCUGACGGGUAUGCUCACGAAUAUCGCUUCUCUUCUCUUAUGGGGAGGCCCCAUCGCUCGUGGUAUCGGUCCAGCCCCGCGCAACGAGAUGAAACGCAUGCACAGGGCUUUGGAGGCGUCUCAGUUCCGUCCGCUCGUGGACAAGGUGUUCGACUUUGAUCAGCUCAAGGAGGCGUAUGAAUAUUCCCUCGGAUCGAAUUUCUUGGGCAAGAUCGUCAUCAGGGUCGCCAAGGACUAA